UAGAAAUCAGUGGAGUAACUGAUUGGUGAAUAGUGGAGCUGACCCACUUGCAAUGAACAAUAAGAUCUCCUUCCUACUAGGGAUUCUUCUCAAUUACAAAGAAAAAUAUUCUGAGUUUUCGCUUCAUACCAGGUUUUGCUUUUCUCAAAUUCUUUUUGGGAAAAGCUUGUUAGUGACUUGGAAAAGUUACUACCUUUUAGCUCAAGAUUCUUUUCUAGUACAAAGAAUCUUCUACUGAGAGUUCAGUGACCCUCAACUAGAGAGUCGGCUGCAUCAUGGAAGCUAAGAAUAUUCUCAGAAUCAUAAGAAAAUUUGCAGUUGCAGAGGUGUUUUUAUGCUUCUAAUGGCUAGCUGCUGUUGGGGGGUUUACACAUUUGCUGCAAAUUUCUUGCUAUUCAUCUGUUUACCAUCUUCCGGAUAAAGCAAGAUUUUCCCAGGAGUUGAAGAAUCCUGUUUCAGGUUUAGAAGAGUUGGUCAACUUUGUAGAGAAGAAUGAUGAUGUCUUUCAAUUCAUUGAACUAUUCAACAUGUACAUUAACACGUAUGAACAGCCACCAUAGCCAUAACAGAACAAGAAAAAGUCCAGCUCUGGCCACACCUCCUUCAUCCAUCAUCUCGCAAACUGUAGAAAGCAGAAAUCUAGCCAACUCAAUGGAGAAUUCUCCUGUAGAUAAGGCUUCAAAGCGUCCUGAUUCUUCUGUUUUGCUUACCCAUGAAAAUGCAAUAGGGAUCAUUGGGGGUUUAUCCAUUAGAACCACUCUCAAUUUUGUGAGCAAGCUUGUCACAUGGAGUUCCAAAGAUGGAGGAAAUGGCCUUCCUUUUGUUCUUUGUUCCGAUCCGGUUCUUAACAAUGAGCUUUCAUUCCAUGAAAAAGGUUCGAGAUCUUACCCCUCUGGUAAAAAUGAAAAGUUACUAAAAGAUCAUACUCCAAUUGUUGAAAAUCUUAGGCACAAAAGGAUCUUUCUUGAGAAAUCUGGAGCUCGAUGCAUUGUCAUGCCUUGUUACAUAUCACAUUCUUGGCAUGAUGAGGUUGCACUAGGGUCUUCAGUUCCUUUCCUUCAUAUGGGUGAGUGUGUGGCCAAGGAGCUCAAAGAAGCGAAUUUGCGACCAGUAGAAGCUGGGAGUACUCUGCGCAUUGGAGUUCUGGCUUCCGAUGCAACUUUGUCUGCUGGAUUUUAUCAAGAGAAACUUCAAAAUGAGGGUUUUGAAGUUGUGCUUCCAGAUAAGGCAACUAUGGAACACACAGUAAUCCCUUCGGUAGAAGCCUUAAACAGGAAGGACAUUGAGGGGGCACAGAAUUUGUUCAGAAUCACGCUACAAGUUCUUCUGGUAAGGGCAGUUAACACUAUCAUAAUUGCCUCAGAUGACAUGCGUGAUUUGUUACCUCCAGAUGAUCCGCUUCUGAAGAAAUGUGUCGACCCAAUAGAUGCAUUGGCCAGGUCAACUGUGAAAUUUGUUCAGUCAGUUGAAGCAAAUGCAUAAAUACACCCACACACAGGCGGAGCCACACGUCUGUUUACAGGUUCAGUAGAACCCAAUCCCAAACGGUGUAUUUCUGUUUAAUAGUCCACUUAAUUUGAAUAAUAAAUUAUUUAGAAGAAUCAGAACCCAAUAAGCUUGUCUUUUCUAGAAUCUAGAACCCAUAAAUUUAAAAUCCUGGGUUCGCCUCUACACCCACAAACAUAGUUACAGAUUAAAUUUUAUUGAAUCUUGGUAGCGUUUGUAAUUCCUUAGGAGUCAUUGAUUUUUAUCUUGAAAGAAUAUGGGCUCUAUCGCCCCUCAAAUAUGUAAUAUACCAAGGGGAGGUGUAUCUGGAUAAAACAUCAAAUGAAAACGAAUGUAUUAAUAUUGUGAA